AUCGCGCAGCCCAGAGUUGUUUUCAUCCAACAAUUUCUUCCACAACCUAAUGCAGGACUCUACAGCAGACGUAGGAAAUGUAUAGUGUAGUAAACCAAACUAUUUAAUUAUUUAGAAUUGUACAAAUGGACCAUAAGCUUGGUAUUACAAUAGUAUUUCAUAUUUUGCUCUUAACAAGGCGACUUGCCUUAUUAGAACGGAGAAGCAUCCCCACGGGUUCAGAACAGAGCGGAGGCUGGUCCUCAAAUUCAGGUAGUUUGACGGAUGACGGCUCAUGCAACAUAGACAUUUUGGAUGGGGUGUCCUUGUCAUAUCGCGAAUUCAUUGAUAGAUAUGCAUACUCAAAGCCUGUAAUUCUUAGAAGUGUCACCGACAAUAUGAAAUUCAAAUUCUUAUGCUCCAAAUCCAAUUUACUUCAAGAGUAUGGAGAUCGGAAAGUUAGGCUCAGCACAGCAAACACAUUCUCCUACAAGAAGGUGGAUGUCCCUUUCAAGGAGUUUGUAGACUUGCUACUGAUGCCCCAGGCAGAGGACACUCUGGGCAGCGAUACACUGUAUUUCUUUGGAGAUAAUAACUUCACUGAGUGGCACUCCCUGUUUGAGAACUACAAAGCACCACCCUACUUGCUGCCUAAGACAACUGGAGCAUAUAGCUUUGGUAUUGCAGGUCCAGGGACAGGGGUACCUUUCCACUGGCAUGGACCUGGCUACUCUGAGGUCAUCUACGGCAGGAAGCGCUGGUUCCUCUACCCCCCAGACAAAGCCCCUCAUUUCCACCCAAACCACAGCACUCUUUCCUGGGUGAGGGACGUGUCCCCCCACCUGCCUGAGGAGGAGAGGCCGCUGGAGUGCACCAUCCAGCCAGGAGAGGUUCUGUAUUUCCCAGACCGCUGGUGGCACGCAACUCUCAAUUUGGAUACGUCUGUUUUUAUCUCCACCUUCCUGGGCUGAGCCCCGCACCCCAACCAACAAUUAUGUAUAUAUGACAGAAUGGUUCUUUUCUAAGGACUAGGAAGACAUACUAGAACACAAUGAUUGCAUUAAUUUACUAAACAAUAUUUUACUCCACUUAACUCUUUCCCUUACUUGCUCCAGUUUUUACAAUACAUA